AUGGAACAACUCCCGGCUUCACCUCAACAAGAAAAGACCCCGAAACAACUUGCUUGCAACCCAACACGUCGUCGAAUCCAUCACCGAACCCGAAGAAAGCCGGAGCCCGACGCUGACUUCGCGUUCCGCCGGGCGGAGCGAGAUGGCGACACCGGAUGGCACGCCACUUUCAAUCACUUUUCGCCCAACUCCGUCCGCUGCCAAGAAUUCGACCUUUACCACACCAGUUCGUCCGCGCCGUCGGUCGUACACUAUCUUUCACACCAUCUAACACCAGCUUGCGUAUCAAAAGGUCUGGCUAGGCAGACUUGGACGGAAGGACCUUCAAGGUGGACCGGGUUUCGAUGGCGAGCCGCCGGCGCGGGCGAUGUAGGAAAUAUCUCCAGCCUCCGGACAACGAUUGCCGGCGAACGUCGCCGUGCCGCCCCGGGCAUGGGCAUACGAAAAAAGCAACUACCCACCAUUGCGACUCCGUUUGCGCCGGCUCUACUUGGCGGCCCUUGGCGGUUCUUGUCCUACGACUCAACGACGUUGGAUCAGCUCCGACGUGGGAUGACCGAAGCUGGGCCUAGGCAUUCUAGACCCCAGAAAAUCCCCAUUGACCCCAUCAUCCCACAUCGCCGUCAAUUGACCACUCACGGCCCCGAAGCCUGCAGCCCGCGACCCGAGGACACAGGAUCGCAGCUCGCACUACCAAACCACCCAUCACACACAGACCAGAACGAGGGGACGAGAGACAUUACAUCGCACACAUGGAGGGGUUGCGUCGACGAUCCAAGCACAAUGCUGAUCCCUUCUGUCGGUUUUUCUCAUCUGUGCUGUCUGUCGCCCAUCACCCCGCGCUCGGCGCCCGUAUAUGCGCACGAGGCAUCCGAGAUCGAAUUAUCGCUCCCGGCGGCUAGUGUACUCCCCCUUCCUCAUCCGAACUGCUUCAAACCGACGUCCUCGCCAACGCCGAGCUCAAGUUUCCAAUUCUUGUCAUUCUUGUUCACCAAGUGCAACAUUGUGUGGUCUGACACGGUCACAAUCUUCUCGGUGGAGUCGCCAAGCGCUUGGCUUCUCGCGACCGCGCAAGAUGGUGUGGACCGGGCCAAGUGA